AUGGGUUCAAAAGCAAUAGUUUUUCUGGUACUUUUCUUGGCUAUGGUUGUAAUUUUCAUAUCAUCAGAAGUUGCAGCUAGGGAUCUCGCCCAGACUUCCACUACCGUUGACACUUCUGAGAAGACAAAUGGAGCUGCAGUGAACGAUGCCAAAUAUGGUGGUAACUACGGUGGUGGAUACCCCGGAGGAGGCGGUAAUUACGGUGGUGGAUACCCCGGAGGAGGCGGUAACUAUGGUGGUGGAUAUCCCGGAGGAGGUGGUAAUUAUGGUGGUGGAUACCCCGGAGGAGGUGGUAACUAUGGUGGCGGUGGACGUGGUGGUAAUUAUGGAGGAGGUCGUGGUGGUUAUGGGGGCGGCCGUGGUAACUACUGCCGAUAUGGUUGCUGUGGGCGGAACUACUACAGAGGUGGUUGCCAAUGUUGUAGCUUCGCCGGUCAGAAGGUGGAUGCUCAGCCUCAAGCCAAGCCUCAAAACUGACAAAUUUAAUUUUGUCAGCAGAAAGAUAUAUAUAUAUAUGGUUUUUAAAUUACAGUACGUACUACUAUGUGGGGCAGUGUGAGAUAAAAAAGAAAAUCAUAUAAUGAAUAAAAAUGCAAGCAUGCAUACCCCGGAGCAUGCAUGCAUAUAAAAGUGUGAGUGCGAGCGUGUAAUUUAGCUUUUACCUUUUCUUCAAAUUAAAUUGAACUCUCAUCAAUGUACGUAUGUAUACUAGUGUUGCUGUUGAAUAUUGGAGAGGUUGUGAAUUGCUUUUUUUUUAGCAAUAUAUAUAUACAUCAUUUCUCUUUAUUAUAAUAAAUGUGUACACCAAUUGUUUUCCUGUAA